AUGGAAUGCUUCCUCGCCUCCGAUUUCUCGUCCUACGUCGAGGAGCUGAUGCGACAGAACCACGUGCCUGGACUUGCCCUCGCAGUUGUCCAGAACGACCAGGUCGCUUCGGCAGGCUACGGGAAAGCAUCGAUCGAUCCCCCAGCCCCAUGCACAGCAGACACUAUUUUCGACCUCGCAUCUUGCUCGAAGUCAUUCACCGCUGCCUCCAUCGCAUUGCUGGUCGACGAUGAGGCCUAUCCCGAGAUCCAAUACGAUGCUACCAUGUCCAGUCUGCUGCCGGAUGACUUUGUGAUGGCCAGCGCUGAGUACACGGAGGGAGUUACAGUCGAAGACAUAUUAAGCCAUAGAUCUGGCAUGGCGCCUCACGAUAACUCGUACAUGGGCGUACGAGCUGCGCAGCCUGACACCGCUCGAUCCAUUACGAGAAAUCUGCGGAAUCUCCCCGUGGCGGCGCCCCUUCGCGCGAAAUAUCGAUAUUGCAAUAUGAUGUACACCGUGGCGACGCAUCUCAUCGAAGUGAAAACGAAAAAGCGAUUCUCGGAUUUCCUGUACCAGCGCCUUUUUGGACCCCUCGAUAUGCAGUUGACGAGUCUGCAGCCCGAAAGUGCUCGAGCAAAUGGCCAUGGAGACCGUAUCGCGACCGGGCAUUGUUGGGAUAAAGAAUUAGAUACCUACCACGGAUUCCAAAGCCCGGAUUGUCCCGAAGCCCAAGGCGCGGGAUCCGUAAUGAGCAGCGCCAGCGACUUCGUUAAAUGGGUCAAGGCUCUGAUGAAUCGUGAAGGCCCAAUCAAUGAACGCAUAUACCAGGGUCUGAUUCGCAUGCGCGCCAUUAGGAACCCCGCAGCCAGGAGAUUAAAACCACAUACAUCGCCGGCUCUGUAUGCAGCCGGACUGGAGGUGUACUUCUAUCGAGGAUACAUGGUGGUAGGGCAUUUCGGGGUGACUGCCGGGUUUGCUAGCCGCUUCUUCUUUCUCCCUGAUUUCAAUUUCGGGGCUGUCAUUCUAGGAAACGCAGAUGGGGCUGGUCCUGUUGGUACAAUCCUCGCUCGAGAGCUGAUUGACACGGUCCUCAAAGUCCCGGAGAUCGAACGUCCUCGACGAAAGACAAGUACAAAUGCUAAAAAUAAAACACCUGGUCAACCCAAAGAUGCCGGGAAGAAGAAUCAAGCGAAGAGCAAAGCAAAGACACAGAAACCCGGCAUUCCUCAGCCACAGGCAAUGCUUCUCAGCAACUACAUUGGGAUAUACCGGCACCCUGGGUAUCACAAACUGACGGUUGAAGUCAAGGACGAGAAGCUCUUCAUCAACGCGACAGAUCGCUCGUUUGGAUUUACACUCUUGUUCGAACACUUGUCUGAGGGAGCCAAGUAUACUGCGCAUUUAAGUGAUUUCUUAGAGGGAGGGGAUGACCCGGUUGAAGCUGAGUUUGUUAUUGACGAAGGUCGGGUGGUCAGGCUGGGGUUACACUUAGAACCUGCAUUAAGGGAGAUGAUCUGGUUUGAUAAGAGAUUAGAGGGAGACAGACCAUCGCCAGACCGAAUAAACCCGAACGACGUCGAAGAGUAUCUCUCUGUCGGCCCAAGGAUUCGGCUCUGAAUCAUGCAUUGAACCUCCUCGCAGAUCGAUUACGCAAACCCGACAUCUAGACUGUCACCACCUGCGCGAUGAUGAACGCAACUUGACAAUAAAAAUAGAAUCCCAGGGUUCUGGUUCAGCCGAUAUUAAUUGCCUGACUGUUUCCCCAUUCAGGAUGUCGAUGCAGGACGCUGACGGGAUCAACGGCCCUGAGUCUUGGAAGGCUUGGGAGACACGGCACAGGUUAGUAUGAUGAGGGGAUCUCUCCGGACAGGGAUGCGAUCGAUGGAGGUGGCUCAUCCUUUAAGGUUCCCAGAGGUCGAUAGAUAUUCUGGAGUUGAGCCAAUCGGUUGGAUGGUUCUCU